GAGAGCAGCAGAACAGAGGAGGAGGAGGAAGAAGGAAGGAGGAGGAGGAGGAGGACUCAGAGCGAGAGAAACAGUGUGGCUGCAGUCAGGAGGGACACAAACACUGAGAGAGAGAGAGAGAGAGAGGGAGAGAGUGGAGGAGAUACAGAGAGAAGAGAAGGUUUCCUCCCCUCCUCACCCCACUGACCCAUGAAAGAAGCCAUGCCGGUCCUCACAGCAGGAGCAGGGCUACACGAAACGUUGGCCCUGCUGACCUCUCAGCUGCGGCCUGAUGCCAAUCACAAAGAGGACAUGGUCUUCCUCAAAGAUGUCUUCAGUGAGAGGAGCUUGGGAUACCUCAUGAAGAUUCAUGAGAAGCUGAGACAGUAUGAGAGACAGAGCCCAACGCCCGUCCUCCACAGUGCCUCUUCUUUGGCAGAGGAUGUGGCAGAGGAGCUGCAGAGCGGACCAAUGAGCACAGAGGAGAAGGAGCUGCUGCACCUGCUGACAUCACCACAUCUCAAGGCUGUUCUCUCGGUGCACGACACUGUGGCUCAGAAGAACUUUGAUCCCGUGCUGCCACCGCUGCCGGACGACUUUGAGGAUGAGCUGGAGGAAGAGUCGGUGAAGAUUGUCAGGCUGGUGAAGAACAAAGAGCCUCUGGGAGCCACCAUCAGGAGGGAUGAAGCUACUGGGGUGGUGAUCGUGGCUCGGAUCAUGAGAGGAGGUGCAGCCGACCGAAGUGGUUUGGUCCAUGUUGGAGAUGAACUCAGGGAGGUCAACGGAGUCUCUGUAGUCCACAAGAGGCCCGAUGAGAUCAGUCAGCUGCUGUCCCAGUCCCAGGGCUCCAUCACUCUAAAGAUAAUCCCUGCCAUUAAAGAAGAGGACCGACUGAAGGACAGCAAGGUGUAUAUGAGAGCCUUGUUUGAUUACAUCCCGCUGGAAGACAAAGCGACGCCUUGCCAAGAAGCGGGACUUCCCUUCAAGCGGGGAGACAUCCUGCAGGUCGUGACCCAAGAUGACCCCACGUGGUGGCAGGCAAAGCGUGUGGGAGACAGCAACCUGCGGGCCGGACUCAUCCCUUCCAAACAGUUCCAGGAGAGGCGACUGGCCUACAGGAUGAAAAUGGGCACUCUCCCGAAUCCAAAAUCCCCUAAAAAGCCUGUCUAUGACCAAGGAUGUGAUAAAGAGGACUGUGACUGUGAGGGCUAUUUCAAUGGACAGUACAUAGUCUCUCCUAAGUGUAAAGCAGUGGCGCCCUCCUGUGGCCAGGUGUUUUCCUGGGAAUUUUAUUCAGCUGGUUUACGGAGGAGUUUCCGGCUGAGUCGUAAGGACAGACAAGGAUCCUCCGGAGAGGGCUCUGAUCCAGGAGACCCUGACUUCCUGACUUAUGAAGAGGUGACCCGCUACCAGCAGAGGCCCAAUGAGAGGCCGCGUCUGGUGGUUCUGAUUGGUUCUCUGGGAGCACGAAUCAAUGAACUCAAACAGCGGGUGAUUGCUGAAAACCCACAUCGUUUUGCAGUGGCUGUACCACAUACCACCAGGCCCAAGAAGCCUCAUGAGAAGGAGGGUGUGGAGUACCACUUUGUCACCAAACAGCAAUUUGACGCAGAUGCUUUAAACAACAAGUAUGUUUACACUGUGACUGUGUCACUUCUGUGUCUUUAUGUGAUUUGUACCCUGCUGAAAGUUUUGUUGUUUCUCCGUAGAUUCAUAGAGCACGGGGAAUACAAGGAGAACCAGUACGGCACGAGUAUAGAGGCUAUCCGCUCUGUGCAGGCAAAGAAUAAGAUGUGUAUAGUGGAUGUGCAGCCAGAGGCCCUGAAGAGGCUGCGGACAGCAGAGUUCAAGCCAUAUGUAAUAUUCGUCAAACCCCGUGUUCCUGAGAGCAGACGUCGCCGCAGUGCUGCCACUUCACCAGGAGGGGGAGAGCAUGGACGAGUUACAGACGAAGACCUCCAGGAGAUGCGUCAGUCUGCCAUUCAGAUCGAUCAACAGUAUGGACACCUGGUGGAUCGGGUCCUGAUCAAGGAGGACUCAGCCAGUGCCUGUGCAGAACUGCGAGGUAUCCUGGAGAGGCUGGAGCGGGAGUCCUUCUGGGUGCCUAUCAGUUGGGUGCGGACCUAAACUUUCCUCCCCUCCUGCAUCUUCCAGAAGAACUUCACAGCCAGCCCACCCAAAUCCUGCACUGGUCCUCCCCUAAUGAGCUGAUCCCCGCCCCAACCCCCGCCCCCCUAACAGACCUGCUGGCCAGCCUGGGAGUCUGCUGAACUCUCUUAAACUGACUGAUGCAGGGCUGGUCAGACAGCCAUAAACUGUGGCACCAAAGGGUGAGGAUGAUGCCAGAGGAACACCUCGUUAUCUGGGGUGUUGCAGCAGAUCAACAGCUCUCUUGGCCCAGAAAUCACAGUCUUACUGUCACUUCAAGUCGUAUUUAUUCAGGUUCAGUUUUAAUUUAUUCAUCGACGUCUCAGACAAAGGACAGAUGCAAGUUUGUAGUUAUAGAAGUGUUUUAUUCCUCACACUGUCACUCUUUCUAGCUGCGUUGCUCACUAGAGUGUGGCAGGUUUGGGAUCCCACUCAGAGGAUUGCUCAGUCAGUCAGCUUUAUCGUGACUCUUGUUGGAGUACCUUUAGUAGCAUGGUUUUUUAGGUUUACAGUUUUAUUCAACUCAAUGCCAAUCGCAGAAUGCUUCCUGUUAAUUCUUACUGCUCAUGCAUCCUGUACAGUAUAAGAACCAAGCAUACAUUCAGCAGAACAGGAGAAAUGAUCAUGUAAAGUCAAGUGAAUGCCAUUUAUUCUUUUUGCUAAAUAUAAUUUCCACACAAAACAAAAUAUUCAAAUGGAAUGUGAGAACUUUAUUUUCUACGAUACAGUUUGUUUUUAGGAAACGCAUGAAAACUGAUUAUUUAAUCUCAGAUGUAAAUACUGUAAAUGUUUACUCCUCGUGUGCCAACGAAAGAUCUCGUAGCACUUCAAUGCAACCUGUUUACCUUCGAUCCCUUGGAACCCACAUCUGUUUGUGUGUAGAAUAACACCGUGCACAAAGUAUGUGUGGAUGGAUGUCACAGUGUAUGUUUACGUACACCAACCUGAGAUGCUCCUUUUACGUACAGGAAUGGGUUUUGUACAGUUUCCUUGCACAUAUCUGUAUUUUUGACUGCUGAAGAAGAGGCAGGUACUAGAUGUCUGUUUUCUUUGAUAAUCAGGGUUUUGCUGUAUUGAUGUCAGAAAUGGUUUGGAGACGGGAGACCUCAUAUCCACUGAUUUCAAAUCAGAAUUGAAACAAUUUGACGAUACAUUGAUUAACAGAUAAUUAUUAGUAACUGUUGGUUAAUUAAUUUAUCAAGCAUAAAUGCCAAAUAUUCUCUGCUUGCAGCUUCUUAAUUGAAAGGACUUCAUCUUGUCUUUUCUUUUGUGAGGGCAGACAAAGUUUUGAGUGUUGGUUAACAUGCCCCAUAUGUACAUUGACAGAGUUCUUGGUUGUAGUAACUGUUCCUUGUCUCUCUACUGGGUGUGCAAACAUCCCAUCCUAACACAAGUGUAAUGAAAGUGAUGGGGGACUAAAUCCACAGUCCUCAUUCCGUGUACAAAUGCAUUCAGAAGUUAAGCCCAAGCUUAUACAGGGCUGAAGCCAAGUGAGCCAAAUCAAGUCGGUUGGUUCCAAAGUUACUGUCCCUCUGCAAAGGCUGGCCAAACAAAAAGUUUGUACUAACUUUGAAAGGGAAACACAUAGCUAACUCAGACUGCUGACACCUCAGCUGAACUUCACUAAAUGUUAGACAGAGGAAGGAUUUUGUCCCUCAUCGCUUUAUACUGAAAUUGCUUAGGAAAGGAGCUUUUCACAGACAGCAUGGAGAGGAGAAACUAUUACAGCCACCAAAUGUUCACAUAGGCAGAACCUAUCACUCCUACACUGUAUGUGUGCAGUUAAAAUGAAGCUGCUUCCAGAUCCUUGGUUAUUUUUCUAAACAUGCAAUGUUCUCUUGAUCUCUUCAUGUUCUGUAUGAUCCAAGAAACCCAGAAUGUUGAGUUGUAAUGUGACCUGUACAAAGUGCCAUAAUAAAGCUAGCUGAGUCAAA